AAUGUCUUCUACAAAAUCUAAAGAAACUAAAACUACCCUUACUAAUGAACAAAGAAAGGUUAUUAUCGCGCAUAAAGACAAAAACCCUCAAAUUAGCCAAGUUGAUCUUGUUGAAUGGGUAAAAAAAACUAUGAAUCUUGAUGUUCACCAAAGUACUAUUAGCCGUUUAAUAAAAAAUAAGGAAUCAAUUGGUGAAAACCCUUCUGCAAAAAGACAAAAAACGGUUCAAUAUCCGGCACUUGAAAAUGCAUUGUAUGAAUGGAUAUUACAAAGUCAAGAACAUAUAACAUUGUCUGAUGAACUUAUUAUAGAAAAAGCAAAAAAUUUUGGUAAAAUGCUACGUAUACCUGAAAACGCUCUUAAAUUCUCUCACG